CACUGUGGAUUGGAACACUGCUUUUGACCAUUCUGUCUUAAGCUUUCGUGGUGUCACUAGUAUCUUAUUUUUUAUGUUGUGAAUAGCUCUAUAUUUUUAAUAAUAGGAUGUCUUACACAGUGGAGUGGACGAAGGCCGCUCAGAGGGACUACGACUGCCUAGAACUAGUACACCAGAGAGUGGUAGAUACCUGCAUUGAAGAAAUAGAGACAUAUCCAUUUCGAGGAGCCAAAAGACUCAAACACUGCCAUUUGGCUGACUGGCGGAAACGUGCUGGUAAGCACUACCGUGUUUUAUUUGAAGUUAUUGAAUCUUUUGUUAUCCUGAAAAGAGUGCCCAAAAAAAGUCACCGUAAGAAAGACCAUUUUACAGUCAUCUGCAUUGGAUGCUGUCGGAUGCCGAGUCAGUAA